AUGGAUCACUCACUUGAAAACUACAAAUCCUACAUCGGAAAGCCCAUUUCCGAGCUCCCCACGCCAUCCCUCGUCAUCAAUCUCCCCGUCCUCAAGCAAAAUGUCGAUACCCUACACCGCGACGUCGAGAAGCUCGGCAUCGGGUUCAGACCUCAUGUAAAAACGCUCAAGUCCCUCGAGGUGACGAGGAUGAUGCUCGCGGGCGGCAAAUACAGGGGUAUCGUCGCCUCCACCAUUCCCGAGAUCCAGGGUGCCCUACCCCUGGUGAAAGAAGGCAUCCUAGACGAGUGUCUGUACGGUCUUCCCGUCUACCCCAGUGUUCUGCCAAGACUGGUUGAGCUCCGAAAAUCACUACGCAUCCUCCUCAUGGUGGACAAUGAGCAGCAAAUAGCGCUCCUCGAGCAGUCAGACUCGAGCAAGCAGCCCUGGGACAUCUUUGUCAAGCUAGACGUCGGCUCGCACCGAGCGGGGGUGGAGACCAACAGCCAAGCGCUCCAUAGCCUGGUAGAGCGCGCCGAAAAGUCAUCGGCAGUUAGCAUCUACGGGUUUUACUGUCACGCCGGACACUCGUACGCGGGCAGGUCGCGAAACGAAGCUGAGGAAACCCUCAACGUUGAAGUGUCGAGCGUGCUCUCGGCGGCCAAGCUCCUCCCCUCAGAUCGCAACAUCGUUAUCUCGGUGGGCAGCACACCAACAGCACACGUAGUGGAGAGCCUCAAGGCUUCAAUGCCGGCCAACAUCAAGCUCGAACUCCACGCAGGCAAUUUCCCCAGCAACGACCUUCAGCAAGUAUCCACGGGGCUGGUGACCGAAGCCCAGCAAGCCGUCUCGGUGGCGGCCGAGGUGUGCAGCGUGUACCCGGAGAGGAACGAGGCGCUCGUCAACGCAGGCGUGAUUGCGCUGUCGCGCGAGGCGAGCGCCUUCACCGGAUUCGGCCGCGUGGUGGGCAAGCAGGCGUGGGGCGUCGUGCGACUCUCGCAGGAACACGGCAUCUUGGGCACCAGCGAGGAGGGACGAAGGGUCGAAGACGACUUCAAGGUUGGGCAGCGGUCUUGCGAGACAAUACCACUCUCAGUAAUCACCCUCAACACCUCUCCUCACAUCACACAAGUCAUCAUGUCUUACGCCGACGUUGCUGCCAGCGGACCCAAGCAGUCCCCCCAGGACGCCGCUGCUCCUCAGCCUCCUGAGAUCAUCUCCACUGAGUCCGCCUCCACCGCUUCCCUCAUCGACGUUGACCUGCCGUCCGUGCACACCGUCAACUCCGAGUUCCUCGACCAGCCCGUCAAGACCGAGACCCAAGCGGCUCGCAUCGAGAGAGAAGAGGAGGCUCGUGAGGAGAAGCGAAAGCGUGACGCCGCUGCCGCCAAGGCCCGCCAAACCGACAACUGGCUGAUCCGGCAAUUUUCUCGUCUUUCCGACGGCAGCGCUACUGGUCUUGUUAUUGCCAACUUUGCUACCGUUGUCGGUCUGAGUGCGUACCUGGGCUACAAGGGCUGGGGCCUGUACGAGAAGGGCAAGCUCGACUGGAAGGCCGUUGGCAUCGGUGCCGGUAUCCUCGCCAGCGUGAGCGCGGCAGAGGGUGUUCUUGGACGGUAUCUGUACAAGGGCAAGAAGGGUGGUUCCUAG